GUUUAGCAGAGAGGUUUCAGCUCAGCAGUUGCAUUCGCCGGAAACUUCCUUCUCCUCGAAACAUUCAGCGGCACCAACCAUGAUCAUUCCGGAGAAGAACCGCAAAGAUAUCUCCAAAUACCUCUUUCAAGAGGGAGUCUUGUAUGCUAAGAAAGAUUAUAACUUGGCGAAGCAUCCGUUAAUUGAUGUACCGAAUCUGCAAGUAAUUAAGCUCAUGCAAAGCUUCAAGUCAAAGGAGUACGUUAAAGAGACCUUUGCGUGGAUGCAUUACUACUGGUACCUUACCAAUGAUGGUAUUGAGUUCCUCAGAACUUACCUCAACCUUCCAUCUGAGAUUGUCCCUGCAACUCUGAAGAAGUCUGCCAAACCCCUUGGCAGGCCCAUGGGUCCUCCAGGGGAAAGGACUCGUGGACCAUCUAGAUUUGCCGAUGGAGAGAGGAGAGACAGGGAAGGGUACCGUGGAGGCCCUAGAGGUCAACCUGGCGAUUUUGGUGGUGAGAAGGGAGGAGCUCCAGCUGAUUACAGGCCAGCCUUCAGUAGUGGUGGUGGAUCUGGGAGGCCUGGCUUUGGACGUGGUGCUGGAGGCUUUGGUGGCGGUGCACCCCCAAGCUAAAACAUUUUGUUUGUGUUUUUAUUGGCCAUUGCAACUUAGAUAAUCCAAUCAAACAUUUUGAAUGUUCAAUCACCUGUUUAAAUAUUUUCACUUGUGUUAUUAAAACUUAUUGUUUGCGCUUUUCUUGCUGUAUUUUCUACAUCUCAAUUUCUGGUGUUUCUAUUACAGUAUCACAUAAGUUCAUUUCUAACACCAAACUCAAGUCCUUGGUAUCUUGCGUUUUCCAUAUCUGGAUGAGAUUUUGA